AUGUGGGAGGAGCGUGAGUGGGAGGGGCAUGAGUGGGAGGAGCGUGAGUGGGAGGAGCGUGAGUGGGAGGGGCAUGAGUGGGAGGGGCGUGAGUGGGAGGAGCGUGAGUGGGAGGAGCGUGAGUGGGAGGGGCAUGAGUGGGAGGGGCGUGAGUGGGAGGAGCGUGAGUGGGAGGAGCGUGAGUGGGAGGGGCAUGAGUGGGAGGGGCGUGAGUGGGAGGAGCGUGAGUGGGAGGAGCGUGAGUGGGAGGGGCAUGAGUGGGAGGGGCGUGAGUGGGAGGAGCGCGUGAGUGGGAGGAGCGUGAGCGGGAGGGGCGUGAGCCUUGUGCCUGUUGCAUCUUCCCUUCUUCCCCGCCCUCUCCCAAUGCCGCUGGUGGUGGAUCUGGGCAUGCUGGGUGUGAUGCUGCACCAGCAGCCCAUGAUGCCCAUCACCUUCCAUGUCGCCCCGCCCGGCGUCACCCGCAGCAUGAGCCAAGAGCUUCAGGAGGAGGAGAUCACAGCCUUCACCAUGGGCAUGGCACUGCACGACCCCAGCACCCCCGAGUGGCCCAUCUACAUGCCCAUGGCCAAGUCCAUCGUCCGCGCCAUGGAUGCCGUGCAGCUUGCUGCAAGACAGCUGCUUCCACAUGUGCCCGUGAGUGCUGCAGCUUGCAGGGGUACUGGGACCCCUCACGUCUCUCCGCUUCCCAAGUGGCCCAUCUACAUGCCCAUGGCCAAGUCCAUCAUCCGCACCCUGGACGCCAUGCCCAUCGCUGCUAGAGAGCUGCUGCUGCAUGUGCCCGCUCCCUCCCGCCUCUGCCCAUGGCCUAGCCCGCCCUGCGCAUGGCCCUGCUCUGUGCAUGGCCCUGUGCAUGGCUCUGUGCAUGGUCCUGUGCAUGGCUCUGCUCUGUGCAUGGCCCUGUGCAUGGCUCUGUGCAUGGCUCUGUGCAUGGCUCUGUGCAUGGCCCUGCGCAUGGCCCUGCUCUGUGCAUGGCCCUGUGCAUGGCUCUGUGCAUGGCUCUGUGCAUGGCUCUGUGCAUGGCCCUGCGCAUGGCCAUGCUCUGUGCAUGGCCCUGUGCAUGGCUCUGUGCAUGGCUCUGUGCAUGGCUCUGUGCAUGGCUCUGUGCAUGGCUCUGUGCAUGGCCCUGUGCAUGGCUCUGUGCAUGGCUCUAUGCAUGGCUCUGUGCAUGGCUCUGUGCAUGGCUCUGUGCAUGGCUCUGUGCAUGGCUCUGUGCAUGGCCCUGCGCAUGGCCCUGCUCUGUGCAUGGCCCUGUGCAUGGCUCUGUGCAUGGCUCUGUGCAUGGCUCUGUGCAUGGCUCUGUGCAUGGCUCUGUGCAUGGCUCUGUGCAUGGCUCUGUGCAUGGCUCUGUGCAUGGCCCUGUGCAUGGCUCUGUGCAUGGCUCUGUGCAUGGCUCUGUGCAUGGCUCUGUGCAUGGCUCUGUGCAUGGCUCUGUGCAUGGCUCUGUGCAUGGCUCUGUGCAUGGCUCUGUGCAUGGCUCUGUGCAUGGCUCUGUGCAUGGCUCUGUGCAUGGCUCUGUGCAUGGCUCUGUGCAUGGCUCUGUGCAUGGCUCUGAUGGCUCUGUGCAUGGCUCUGUGCAUGGCUCUGUGCAUGGCUCUGUGCAUGGCUCUGUGCAUGGCUCUGUGCAUGGCUCUGUGCAUGGCUCUGUGCAUGGCUCUGUGCAUGGCUCUGUGCAUGGCUCUGUGCAUGGCUCUGUGCAUGGCUCUGUGCAUGGCUCUGUGCAUGGCUCUGUGCAUGGAUCUGUGCAUGGCUCUGUGUAUGGCUCUGCUCUGUGCAUGGCCAAGCCAACCCUGCAUGCCAGGAUGCCACCCAAGCACCUUGCUGUUAGAGAUGGAUGUGGAGGCCUUCGUGAGUGUCGGACAUGCUCCCUCCCUCUCUCUGUCCCUCCCUCUAUCUGUCCCUCCCUCUCUCUGUCCCUCCCUCUCUCUGCCCCUCCCUCUCUCUGUCCCUACCUCUCUCUGUCCCUCCCUCUCUCUGCCCCUCCCUCUCUCUGUCCCUCCCUCUCUCUGUCCCUCCCUCUCUCUGCCCCUCCCUCUCUCUGUCCCUCCCUCUCUCUGUCCCUCCCUCUCUCUGUCCCUCCCUCUCUCUGCCCCUCCCCCUCUCUGUCCCUCCCUCUCUCUGUCCCUCCCUCUCUCUCCCCCUCCCUCUCUCUGUCCCUCCCUCUCUCUGUCCCUCCCUCUCUCUGUCCCUCCCUCUCUCUGUCCCUCCCCCUCUCUCCCUCUCCCUCACUCUGUCCCUCCUUCUCUCUGUCCCUCCCUCUCUCUGUCCCUCCCUCUCUCUCCCCCUCUUCAUACCCGGCUGGUCUCCACCACCCAAGCUGUACUCCUUCCCUCCCGCCUCCUACUCUGCCUCUCUCUCUCUCUCUCCCACUUUCUCGCUGCAGCGAGUGCUGUAGUGGCCGUCAUCUUGAACAGCUACCAUCGCAUCAACUUUGACCCCACCAUGCACCACUUCACACCUGUUGCCAGCACUCACCCCAACUAUACCACCUCCAUCCCACCUCCCAAUCUGCCUCUUUCUCUCUCCCUGUCUCUCGCUACAGCGAGUGGUGGCCUUCAUAGCGUACGGCUAUGA